AUGGUCAAAGGCUAUGAUAAAGUCAACUCCACCCCCGCGGACAUUCCACCCCCUCACCUCCACCAUUCCAAACUCGCCGCCACUCACCGUCGCAAAACCGCCUUAAUCUCUCUCCUCAUCCUCUUCUCUCUCCUCGUUGUUACAACAAUCUCCGUUGUAAUAUACAAAUCCACCACUAGUCACAAAUCCAAAACCAAAACUAACUCCACCACGGCCCCUCCUCCUCCUCCUCCUCAAUCAAACUCAUUAAACACCUCCGAGUCAACUCGACUCGUUUGCGCCGUGACUCAGUACCCUAACUCGUGCGUCUCCUCCAUUUCGUCGCUCAAAAACCUCCCUCCGCAACUCGGUCCUCAACUCAUCUUCACACUCUCUCUAAAUAUCUCACUCUCGGAGCUCAAAAACGUGUCGUCUUUCCCUAAAACUUUGAUUUCGAAGUCUAAUGAAGCUAACACUGUGUCGGCGCUGCGUGAUUGUGUGAGUUUGUUCGAUGACGCGGUGAGUCAACUCAAUAACUCGGUUGCGUUAUUUGAUGGUUCGGAGAAGGAGGCGUUGACGGAGGCGAAAAUUGCGGAUGUGAAUACGUGGAUAAGCGGUGCGAUGAGUGAUCAGGAGACGUGUUUAGAUGGAUUGGAGGAGAUGGAAUCGUCGGUUCUCGACGAGGUGAAAGCGAAGCUGCAGAAGUCCAAGGAAUGUAUGAGUAACAGCUUGGCGAUUCUCGCGAAUAUGCACUCUCUUCUCGAUAAGUUUGGUCAGACUUAG